AAAAAAAAAAAAAACGCGUAUGCUUAUUGGAUGUAUGCUAAAUUACGCUGAGAGCGCAGUUCCACCACUUUCCAAGCUCGUCAUUCUCGUUAUUUGCUUACUCUGAAAAACAAAACCUAUCUUCUUCUACUCCAACGCCAAAAAAAUCCCAGGUAGAAAAGAAAAAAAGAUGGCUCAUUCUUGCAUAGCCACAACUUCCUCAAUCUCUAAACUCAAUUCCCCAAUUUACCCAUCUGAUUCUUCCAAUUUUACCCACAUAUCCCUACCAUUUAAACAACUUCCCUUCAGGAAAGUGAAGAGUGUUGGGAAAGUGAAGAGUAGGGGAAAUAGCACUGUGAAGGUUCUGUAUUCUGGAGCUGACUGGGAUUUGGCAAAGCCAUCACGUUCAGGAAUUUGGUCUAUCAGAGAUGACGUGCAAAUGCCAUCAUCACCUUAUUUUCCUACAUAUGCCCAAGGUCAAGGACCACCGCCGAUGGUUCAAGAACGAUUUCAGAGUGUGAUCAGCCAGCUCUUUCAAUAUAGGAUCAUACGAUGUGGUGGAGCAGUUGAUGAUGAUAUGGCUAAUAUCAUAGUCGCUCAGCUUCUUUAUCUUGAUGCUGUUGAUCCCACAAAGGACAUUGUCAUGUAUGUCAACUCUCCAGGAGGUUCAGUAACAGCAGGAAUGGCCGUAUUCGAUACCAUGCGACAUAUUCGACCUGAUGUCUCCACUGUCUGUGUUGGACUCGCUGCAAGUAUGGGGGCUUUUCUUCUCAGUGCUGGCACUAAAGGAAAGAGAUAUAGCUUACCAAAUUCAAGGAUAAUGAUUCACCAGCCUCUUGGUGGUGCUCAAGGUGGACAAACUGAUGUAGAUAUACAGGCUAAUGAGAUGUUGCAUCACAAAGCAAAUUUGAAUGGUUACCUUGCCUACCACACUGGUCAAAGCCUUGAGAAGAUUAACCAGGACACUGAUCGUGAUUUUUUCAUGAGCGCGAAGGAAGCUAAAGAUUACGGGCUAAUCGAUGGUGUCAUCUUGAAUCCAAUGAAAGCCCUUCAACCACUUGCAGCAGCUGGUGAACAAUCGUAGUUGCAUUGCAAGGAAGGACAAUUUUCUCCUAUCAUUUUGCUCUCUCCCCCUGGAUUACUAGUACAGUCAUGACUAGAAAUUGUAAUUCAUUACUGGGUUUUGGAUAGACAUAGUAUUCCUGCUGCCGGGAGCAAAUGUACACGAUUUUUUUA